UUCGAACAUGUCCUAAACUUCGGUCUCCUGAAAAUGGACGCAUCAAUUGUUCAACGGCUGAUAUCUCCUAUAAGACAGUGUGUUUUGUGACUUGCAAUGAGGGCUAUGAAAUUGAAGGAAACAACAAACUCACCUGCCAGGGCACCUCACAGUGGGAUUCAAAGGAGCCAAAGUGUGUGGAUACUGAAGCACCUCGGAUCCACUGUCCAGACAAUAUUGAGACUGUAACUCUGGAACAUCAUAACUCUGCUAAUAUCAGCUGGCAGGUACCAACAGCUGAGGAUAACUCUGGAGAUGAGGUCUCAGUUCACGUUACCCCAGCUUUCAUACCACCAUUUCUUUUCCCAAUUGGCGAAGUUGACAUUACUUACACAGCAACCGAUAAAUCAGGCAAUGAGGCAAGCUGUACAUUCAGUGUCAAGGUUAUUGAUGCAGAGCCUCCUGUAGUUGAUAGAUGCAGAUCUCCACCACCUGUGCAAGCAGCCGAGAAUGAUUAUCCAGCGACAUGGGAAGAACCAGAAUUUUCAGACAAUUCAGGUGGUCCACUGACUGUCACUAGGAGUCAUGCACCUGGAGAUCUCUUUCCCAAAGGAGAGACAAUAGUUCAGUAUACAGCCACAGAUCCUUCUGGCAAUAACAAGACAUGUGAUAUCCACAUUAUCAUCAAAGGUUCUCCCUGUGAAAUCUCCUUUGAGCCUGAGAACGGGGAUUUUAUAUGCACAUCAGAUGAAGCAGGAGUUAAUUGCACAUUACAUUGUGCAGAGGGUUAUAGCUUUUCAGAAGGAUCAAGUGAAAACUACUAUUGUGCAUAUGUGGAUGGUUUCUGGAAGCCACCUUAUUCUCCAGAGCGGGUUGGCUGCUCUUUAAAUCGAUUUGCAAACCAUGGGUUCAAAUCCUUUGAGAUGCUCUACAAAGCAACGCGAUGCGAUGACAACAAUCUUGUAAACAGCUUUACUGAUGCAUUCCAGAGUGCACUUGGUAAAAUGGUCCCAUCAUUCUGUAAUGAUGUCGAUGAUAUUGACUGCAGAUUGGAAGAUCAGACACAGAAACAUUGUUUGGAAUAUAAUUAUGAUUACGAAAAUGGAUUUGCUAUUGGACCUGCUGGCUGGGGGACAGCAAACCAGCUGGAUUAUUCCUAUGGUGAUUUUGUUGAUGUAGCACAAGAAGAAGACUUAUCCAAGCAUCUCUCUGCCUCUGUAAAAGCAUCACCUGCUCGAGUCAAAAGGCAUAAGCUGAAUGUUCCAAUAACUGACCACAAAAUCAAGUUAAUAUUUAACAUCACAGCUAGCGUGCCACUGCCCGAUGAAAGGAAUGAUACACUGGAACUGGAAAAUCAGCAACGACUCCUUAAAACUCUGGAAACAAUCACAAACAGGCUGAACAGAACUCUCAAUAAGGAACCCAUGUAUUCUUUUCAGUUUGCAUCCGAACUCAUUGUUGCUGACACAAACUCACUGGAGACAGAGAAGGCCUUUCUUUUCUGCAGGCCUGGUUCUGUGCUGAGAGGGAGAAUGUGUGCUCAGUGCAAGCAGGGAACAUAUUCACCUAAUGGUCUUGAGACCUGUGAAACAUGUCCACUUGGCACAUAUCAGCCAGCAUUUGGAUCCAGGAAUUGCAUCUCUUGCCCAGAAAACACAUCAACAGUAAAAAGAGGUGCAGUGGAUGUCUCAGCUUGUGGAGGCUUGAAAUGUGAAACAGAAGUUGAUGAGUGUAAAUCAUCUCCCUGUCAGAACAAUGGAAUAUGUAAAGAUGGUACUGGGACCUUUGUUUGUCAUUGUCAACCAGGCUAUUCAGGUCUCUUGUGUGAAGAAGACAUAAAUGAAUGUAGCUCCAGUCCGUGUUUGAAUGGAGCCCACUGUGUUGACGGCAAGAAUGGUUAUCACUGCACUUGUGCAAAAGGGUUCACAGGCAAUCACUGUGAAAUGGAGGUCAAUGAAUGCCUUUCAAACCCGUGUCUUAAUAGGGCUAUUUGUGAAGAUCGAGUUGGCGGAUUCUCCUGCAAGUGCCUCCCAGGUUUUAGUGGUGUCUUAUGUGAAAGAAACAUUGAUGAGUGUUUCAGCAGACCCUGUAAGAAUGGAGCUACAUGCAGAGAUGGUAUCAACAGCUUCAGGUGUCUCUGUGUGACAGGGUACACAGGACUAAACUGUGAAGUGAACAUCAAUGAGUGUGACUCCAGUCCCUGCUUAAACCAAGCCACCUGUGUGGAUGCCUUGAACUCGUACGUUUGUAAAUGUCCCCCUGGCUUUACAGGCAGCAGGUGUGAAACAGAACAGUCCUCUGGUUUCAAUCUUGAUUUCGAAGUCUCUGGUAUAUAUGGAUAUGUCUUGCUUGAUGGUGUUUUCCCAUCUCUUGGUGACAUCACCUGUACAUUCUGGAUGAAAUCCACUGAUACUACAAACUAUGGAACUCCCAUUUCUUAUGCAGUGGAGAAUGGAAGUGAUAACGCAUUUCUUCUGACUGAUUACAAUGGGUGGGUUCUUUAUGUAAAUGGGAAAGAAAAAAUAACAGACUGUCCCUCAGUGAAUGAUGGCAACUGGCAUCACAUUGCAGUGACAUGGACAUGCACAGAUGGGGCGUGGAAGGUGUACAUUGAUGGAAAACUCUCCGAUGGAGGCAGUGGGCUUUCUGUUGGCUCAAAAAUCCCUGGUGGUGGUGCACUUGUACUGGGUCAAGAGCAAGAUCAGAAAGGAGAAGGAUUCAAUCCAGCUGAGUCUUUUGUGGGCUCCAUCAGCCAGCUCAACAUUUGGGACCAUGUACUUUCUCCACAGCAG